AUGCAUGCUGUUACCCCCAGGGCCUGGGUAGAUGAGCGGAGGAGAGGCUCCCAUAAGCGCUCAGCAUCCUGUGGCAGCACAGACCAGCUGAAGGAGAUUGCAAAACUGCGGCAGCAGCUCCAGCGCAGCAAACGCAGCAGUCGCCACCGGCGGGACAAAGAGCGCAAAUCGCCUUUCAAUGGCAACCAUGCUAUUAUCCAAUCACAGUCUCAGAUGCCUAAAACCAUCCUGAUCCCCAUCCCCAUCUCCAAGUCCACGCCCCCUCGCUUCCGCAACAGCAUCGAGGGUCUCAACCAGGAGAUUGAGCGCAUCAUCAUACGAGACACCACAGAGCGAGAUGAAGUCAUCAUUCCACAGGACGUUCCUGAUGGGCACCGUGCCCCCCCGCCCAUCCCCCAGCGCAGCAGCAGCACCCGCAGUAUCGACACCCAGACACCCUCAGGCGGGGGCCUGGGCGGUAACCGUAGCAACAGCAGCAGCCGGGCAGAUUCGGUGUCACCCUCAUACCUCAGCAUCCUGAACGACACGGUGGGGAACAGCCCACUACCCAACGACGACACACUCAGCGAGAGCAGAGAGAGAGACCUUGGGCCCUACUCCCCCCUGCCUAAAUACGCCUCCUCCCCCAAACCCAACAACAGCUACAUGUUCAAGCGAGAACCUCCAGAGGGCUGUGAGAGAGUCAAAGUCUUCGAGGAGAAUCAGCCGAGGCCUCUGCAGGAGAUCCCUCCGUAUCUGUGUCCCGACAGGAACAAGGUGAACUUCAUCCCCAAGAGCGGCUCUGCCUUCUGCCUGGUGAGUAUCCUGAAGCCCCUGCUGCCCACCCAGGAGCUGAGCUUCCGCGGGCCGGUGGGCUACCGCAGCCUCUCGCCCUCCCUGGUCCCCAUGGGCGGGGUCGGGGUGCGCAGCCUGUCGCCCUCUCUCGGACCUGUCCUGUCCCGCGGCCGCCAGUCGCCUUGCCUCCCGCGACACCUGGAGGAGCCAGAGGGUUAG